AUGUCUUUAGUAGCCAAGUUGGGCAGGCUUUUGCCGCUGGAUGAGGAUACAUUGAAACAAAUGGUGGACUACGCGGUGAAGGAGCUAAAGACACCGGAAGCUGCGAGCCAGCAUUUUAUCAAUUUGCUGGGCGAAAGCCCGGACGCUCUGGAGUUUAUUAGUGAGUUUUCCAGGACGCUGGAAAAGCCCAAGAAGAAUGUGAUAAAGAUUGUGCGGCCCAACGGGAAAGCAAGCGCCCCGAAGAAGCCGACUGAGGAGAGCAAGCGCCGGCCGGAGAAAAAUCUCAAGCUCGACAACUUGAAAGAGCUCGACAACGCUCUGAUCGAACUGGAGGCGCAGGGCGGUGGCCGUGUGUGCAACUGCAACGCGACACGACAUCCGCUGUUUGAAAUGUUCCCGAAUUGUUUGAACUGCGGCAAAAUCAUCUGCAUCAAGGAGGGACUACAACCGUGCUCUUUCUGCGGCCAAGAUCUGCUGAGCAGCGAGGAAAGACGCCAGAUCGCGGAGGUUCUACAGAAGGAGAAGGACGCGCUUAACGGCGUGAAGCAUACAGUGAAGGAGAAAGAAAAACCAAAGAAAAAUAGCAAGAUUACCAUUUCUGUGAGUUCUGCUGGUCAGAACAAUUUUAAGGUGCAAGACCAGCUUUUCAAGCGCAUAGAGAGGAAAAAAGAGCUGGAGCGAGAAAAUAUGUCCAAAAGCAAGAAGGAGCAGGAAGAGGUCGCUGCGGCUGUCAAGCAGAUCGAGUACUUGGAGGCCACCAAGGGCAAGGACCAUGAGCUGCUCCAGGCAGAGCAACGGCUGGACAAGUUGCUGGAAUUCCAAGCAAACGGCGCACAAAGAACGCGAAUAAUCGACCAGGCCUCCGACUUUGAGCUUCCGACCAACAGUCUGAGCCCGUGGGCGUCGCCGGUGGAGAGAGCGUUGCAGUUAAAGAAACAGCAGCGAGAAAUGAAGAGACUCGAGGACGAGGAGAAACGACGGACUGGCCGCGGCAAAAAGGUUCUGGACAUGUCCAUAAGAGAAGGCAAGGUGAUCAUGCGCGAGGUGAACACGCCGGAGCCCGGGUCUGACGGCGAGAUCGAAGAGCUGGAGCAGCAGAUGAACAGGCACAGCCUGGAAGAGCUGGAAAAAAACGCGCAGACGGUGUGGGACUACGAAAAGGAGCGCGCCAAGUGGGCCAAGCCCAAGUAUAUGGGGAAGACAGACAGCGACGAGGUGGCAGAGGAGGUUCCUGGCGGCGUUGUGCAGCUGGGCGAGGACGCAGAGGAGAUGCUGUUUGGUCUGGGGAUCUAG